CUGUGCAAGGGCAAAUCGUCUGGUUAGAAACAGAUGACAUGGCGAAUGUUGACAAAGUCAAAAUUCUUGUUGUUGGUGACUCUGGUGUAGGUAAAACAUCCCUGGUACAUCGUAUUUGUCACAAUGAACCUACAAACAAUCCAGGCUGGACCAUUGGCUGUUCAGUGGACGUAAAGCUUCACGAGUAUAAGGCAGGGACAGCUGCAGAGAAGACAUUCUUCAUAGAGCUGUGGGAUAUAGGGGGAUGUACCAGUCACCAGGACUGUCGAUCUAUGUUCUACACCAAUGUGCACGGUAUAAUAUUAGUUCAUGAUCUGACUAAUAGGAAGUCACAGCAAAACCUCCAAUGCUGGUUGGGUGAAGUUUUGAGAAAAGAAAACAAAAUAUCUGGUGGAAAUGGUUUUGACCUUGACUCGGAGCAGUUUGUUGGGAACCAGCUACCUCUACUUGUGAUUGGAACCAAGGCCGACCAGACAGAAACCAUACGUGACAAAAAUCGCCAGUCUUCAGUUGCAGAGGAAUUCGGGGCAGAUCAGUUUGACUUGGACAAUUACAGUGUCAAGUACCUGGCGCCAGGCUCAACAAAUGCUGUAAAACUCUCCAGAUUUUUUGACAAAGUUAUAGAAAGAAGAUACUAAUCUAGAGAGGUAUGUAGCCUCAUUGUAGACAGGGCUUUUUUUCCUUCUGUGAGAAUGGCCGUUUUUCACAAAUUAAGGAAAUCUG